AUGCUUAGGGAAGAAAUCGAGAGGGAGAAAACCAUAGCAUUGGAAGUUGAAAUCGGAAGAAAUAACCCUGCACAGUUAAUGAGGAAAAAGAAAAACGAAAACAAUGUUCUUUCAAUGAUGAAGGAUGAGGCGCAGCCGUACAUGCUGGAGCAACUGAUGGUUCUUGGGAGGGAGAGUGUGGGGACCACUUACAAGGCCAUGCCAAGAUUGGAUGUUACUGAGGUUGGAAGUGAAGAAAUGGAUACUUGUUACGAGGAGAUGCCGCUUUUGGAUCUCUCCCAGGUUGGAAGUGAAGAGAUGGAUCCUGGUCACCAGGUACCGGAUCAUGAUGGCCUUCGGGAAGAUGAAAUACCUUGUGUUGGAAUGCGGUUUGAUCAAUUGCAAAUGGCUCACGAAUUCUAUGUGACAUACGCAAAGAAAGUCGGGUUUGCCACUAAGAUACGGACGACAACCUGUGAUAAGCUCACAAAUCAACCCAUUAACCAAGCUAUUCACUGUAAUAGGGAUGGGUUCCGUGUGUCUCGUGUCAAAGCGUCAACGCGGAAGAAUAGGAUCUCAGCCGCUGGGUGUAAGGCAAGGAUAUACGUGAAGUUUGACAAGGAGGCGCAUGAUUGGGUUUUCUUCAAGGUAGAGCUGAGUCACUCGCACCCAUGUUCAGCGAGGAAAGCGGUGCAUUACCAUGAGUAUAGGCAGCUGACCAUGCAUGCGAAGUGCGUGAUCGAGGAUAAUGAUGAGGCUGGGAUUCGACCAAACAAGACUUUCCUAGCUUUGGCAAAUGAGUCUGGGGGCCCAUCUAAUCUGGGAUACUCAGAAAAGGAUUUACGAAACUAUAUUACAGCUAGGCUCCGAACCAGCAACGUCAACGUUGAUGUCAGGGAGAUGAUGAACUAUUUCAUGAGAAUGAAGGACAUCAAUCCCAACUUCUUCUACGCGGUGAAUUUGGAUGAUGACUGUAAAUUUCGGGGUGCAGUAUGGGUGGAUGCAAGGUGUAGGGCGUCGUUCGAAUAUUAUGGAGAUGUUGUGUCACUUGAUAGCACAUACAGCACAAACAAGCAUGGAUUACCGUUUGCGUCCUUCGUCGGUGUCAACCACCAUGGUAAGUCGACCAUCCUUGGUUGUGCUCUCCUUGGAAAUGAGGAAAUCCCAAGUUAUGAGUGGGUUUUCCGCCAAUGGGUCAAGUGCAUGGGAAUUGCUCCACAGCGGAUCAUCACCGAUCAAUGCAAAUCCAUUUUUCGUGCAAUAAAAAAUGUGUUCCCCGAUACACGCCACCGGUGGUGCAUCUGGCACAUUACGAAGAAGUUACCGCACAAGCUUGGAGGUUAUCGCCGGUACAGAGAGUUGUAUGAUGAGUUCAGUGAUAUUGUGUGGAACUCUCGAACCGAGCAGUCAUUUGAGGAUAACUGGUAUGAAUUAAUAGACGAGCACAACUUACAUAACAACACAUGGCUGUCAGACCUCUUUGAUGAUCGACGCAUGUGGGUCCCAAUAUACUUCAAGGGUGAAUUUUGGGCUGCCAUGAGGAGCACGCAAAGGAGUGAGAGCAUGCACUCAUUCUAUGGAAAUUUCUUACACAGUCGGACUAGCUUGGUCCAAUUUGUUCACGAAUAUGACAAUGUGCUUGGAAUUAAGGAGCAAAGGGAACUGGAGGAUGACGCAGCAGACUCGAGGGGGGUUGAAGAGGAAAUACCAGUGAAUGAAGCUAUUCUUUGCAUUCCGUACGACGUCCACUUCGAACGAUCCACGCAGGAGGUUCGUUGUGAGUGCAAUCUAUUUGAGAGUUCAGGAGUGUUAUGCUGUCAUUGUCUUGCAGUCUUCCAUUAUUACAAGGUGUAUAAAGUACCUAAUCGAUAUGUUCUCUCUCGUUGGAGUAAGAACAUAAAGCGCAAGCAUACUUAUGUCAAGAGUAGUCACGAUGUCAGCCGGUCGGAUGAGAGUCAUAUUGCAUUCAGGGGACUAUGUGCACACUUCUACAAUGUUGCUCAGGAUUUUGUAAACGAUGACGAAGAAACGGCCUUGCUUCAUGCUGCUCUAGAAGAAACGAGAGCUAAGCUGACUGCUCACCGUGCCAAGAAGAGAUCCGAGAGUGUGGCGGACUCCCACAACAAUAUUGGCUCGACAAGUUUGAAUGUUUCCACAGUGAUGGACAUCCAAGCCCCAUCGAAGGUCAACACAAAGGGCCGCCCAAAGAGUAAGAGGCUCGGCGCUGCCCUGGAGAAGUCAAUUAAAAAAUCUGCCCGGAAGAGAAACAAGCCUGACCCACCGGUGGUUUGUCCGAAGCCAACUCAAGAUGUAAGAUUCGGUGGUGUUGUAGGCCACGCUGAUCCCGAACAAGUUGGUGGCUUCAUGUCUUUGUUAAGCUCCUUUAACAAAAAUUAA